UUUUCCUUUUUUUCCUGUUGCGGGGUGGCGGCGCGCUCUGGAGUCCCGGACACGAGCUUUACGCAGCAGCGUCUUCGCAUUGGCAAGCUGACGAUGACGCGUGCCUCCUCCUCACCACCCAUCGGCUCCCGCGUACUGCAUUGGCACCAGUAACGCUUACAAAAAAUCACGACUGUGGGAACAGUGGCACGGCGAAACUGUAGCAAAGAAAGUGCGUCGAAAUAACCUUAUCUUUUUACGCACGGGCUGCCUGAGAAGAGCUGAUUGCACCUGCUCAAUGCGCAACGGUUCCUGAACAAAGGAGACGCGCGAGGACACGAUGCAGGCACCAGGUUCCGACCUCUGAAGGUGACAUGUUCCACGGAAUUAUCAGUAACACCGCCCGCGCUCUCAAGGAAAACGGGAGAUAACGACUGAACCCCUGAAGAAAACGGUACGCUUUCUUUUAAUGCGCAGGCGAAGCACAUUUGCUUUUACCUGAAGUUAUCAAAUCUGAAAUAUCCUAAUAAAAGGUGUGUGAGAAAACUUCUCUAAGAAAUCAGCAAUGGCGACAUUAAUUAAAAGCAAGCUCUCCAACAAGCUGUCCAAUGCAGCCACGACGGUUACCAAUAAAUCACAGGCGAAGGUGAGCGGGAUGUUCGCCAGGAUGGGCUUCCAGGCCGCCACUGACGAGGAAGCGCUGGGCUUCGCUGCCUGUGAUGAUUUGGACUAUGACCACAGGCAAGGGCUGCAGAUGGACAUUCUUAAAAAUGAGGAAAUGGGAGGAGAGGGCGGCGGAGACAUGAUGGGAGAUGGCACUAUGGACGGGGACAGUCAUUACCAGAGAGACGGUACCGGUCCCCCGCCCUCGGCUUCUAAAGAUGAUGGUAUGUGUAACGAACUUGCGACUGCAGAUAAGCCAAAAAUCACUGCUUGGGAAGCCGGCUGGAACGUUACCAACGCCAUCCAGGGAAUGUUCGUACUAGGGUUGCCGUAUGCCAUCCUCCACGGCGGAUAUCUCGGACUGUUCCUGAUCAUUUUUGCUGCUGUGGUGUGCUGUUACACGGGGAAAAUCCUCAUCGCUUGCCUCUACGAAGAAAACGAAGACGGGCAGCUCGUGAGAGUGAGAGACUCGUACGUGGACAUUGCCAACGCUUGCUGCGCGCCCAGAUUUCCUGCGCUCGGAGGCCACGUCGUGAAUGUUGCCCAGAUCAUUGAGCUCGUAAUGACCUGCAUUUUAUACGUGGUAGUGAGUGGCAACCUAAUGUACAACAGCUUCCCCACCCUUCCCGUGUCCCAGAGGUCAUGGGCCAUCAUCGCCACCGUCGUUCUGUUGCCUUGCGCCUUCCUCAAAAACCUAAAAGCCGUGUCCAAGUUCAGCUUGCUCUGCACCCUCGCUCACUUCGUCAUUAACAUCCUUGUAAUAGCUUACUGCCUCUCAAGGGCACGAGACUGGGCUUGGGACAAGGUUAAGUUCUACAUCGACGUGAAGAAAUUCCCUAUUUCCAUUGGCAUCAUCGUGUUCAGCUAUACCUCGCAGAUUUUCUUGCCGUCGCUGGAGGGGAACAUGCAGAAGCCCAGCGAGUUCACCUGUAUGAUGAACUGGACUCACAUUGCUGCUUGUAUUCUCAAAGGCCUCUUCGCUCUGGUGGCCUAUCUCACGUGGGCAGACGCAACCAAGGAGGUCAUCACAGACAACCUGCCUCCCGGAAUCAGAGCCGUGGUCAAUCUGUUCCUAGUGGCAAAGGCGCUGCUCUCAUAUCCGUUGCCAUUUUUCGCUGCUGUGGAGGUGUUGGAAAAGACUUUCUUCCAGGACGGAAGUCGUGCGUUUUUCCCAGAUUGUUAUGGGGGCGACGGGCGACUCAAGUCUUGGGGUCUCUCUCUUCGAUGUGGCCUUGUGGUGUUCACUAUGUUUAUGGCCAUUUAUGUGCCACACUUUGCGCUCCUAAUGGGCUUAACGGGGAGCCUGACGGGGGCAGGCCUGUGUUUUCUCCUGCCCAGCCUUUUUCACCUCAAGCUGCUGUGGAGGAAGCUGCUCUGGCACCAAGUGUUUUUUGAUGUCUCUAUUUUUGUGAUUGGGGGUAUUUGCAGUAUUUCUGGUUUCAUUCACUCCAUGGAAGGCCUCAUCGAAGCAUUCAGAUACAACAUACACGAUUAGAUCAAAAAACGCCAGAAAAAAGGCCGUAUGGUGAAAUGUUACAACGCACCCACAUCUAAACAAAGAAAUUUCCCUACAAUGUACCCUAAUCAUUUUCCAUUCAAGUGCAAGCGACAAGAAAGAACAUGCACUGCUUGUGCGCGUCAAUGCACGUGAUGAUGUUCAAUCAAUAAUGUUCAAAACAACAAUACUAACUAAUUAUAAUAAUUAUAGAAUAACAAUAGCACAAUAAUAAUAAUAAUAAUAAUAAUAAUAAUAAUAAUAAUAACAAUAAAGCAACAAUAAUGCCAAAAAUAGACACACUGAUCAUGCAAAAUAAAUGCUUUUACUGCAAGAACCGCUUUUAUAUAGUGUGACAUCCGAACAAUGACGCAUUUUCCAUCUUUUACAUUAGGUGAAGUGUUUACAGGAAACAUCUAAAAUCUAAAAGAAAACCGGUACGGACUCAAAGUUUGUUCUCAUUACAAAAAACAGUCCAAUUAAUAUCACAAUUGGUGACAUUAUGAAAGAUCAUCUUAAUGUUGAGCGUCUUCAUUCCUUGAAAAAAAUCACUCCAUAAAAUAAAUGGACCCUAGAUAUAAUAACGUGUAGCCCAAAUCCGAUGAGAAGGAACUCUAAAAUUCUGUUUGUAGGAAAAUACAGAACACCAUUAGCUAUGCAUUUUGAAUGUAUGACGUUCGUGUGGUAUUUAAUAUAUUUUAAGAAAUCAAAACAAAAAGAAAAAUGUUUGGUUUAUGAACAGAGGUUGCAGACUACACAAGAAGCAAUUCCUUUCCACACCACAAAAACGCUCCAAUUUAACAUAGAAUAAUGGCACACACAGUGCGUUCCGGAGAAAUACAAAAAAAAAUAGAAAAUACAAAAAUAAUAAAACUCGAUUAAUUCACUAUCGACAAAUAAUGUAAUUUGAUCAUUGCUUCCCCCUUAGCGUUAGGCUAAUUUUCAUGUCCUUCAGAGAACAUUUUAAAUGUUAUUUGGACGAAAGUAUGGUGUACGAAUAUCUAUUCUAAAGACUUGCAAAAGACAUUUUCAUUUUGUGCCAUCUAACGGGUGCUGUGGACAUGUUAUAAAACCGUAUGUGUAGUGUUAUUGUGGUUCAAAUGAUGGAAUGUAUAUUACAAAGUCGUUCUCAUAUAUCGUGAAAAUGAAUAUAAUUAAAAAAAUAAAGAAACACGUGAACUUA